AUGUCCAAGGUCGGCCAUGGCGUGGCCAAAGUGCUCGGAGUCAAGCUGGCAGACUCUGUUCCAUACGACAAUAUGCCCUCCUAUGCGUAUAUUGAGCCAGAACCAACUCUGGCAGACUGGUUCAGAGAGCAUACGCCAACCUCCAGUCAGGUUGGUCGUUAUUUCUACGAUCUCUUUCCCUUUCUGCACUGGAUAUUAUGCUACAAUUGGCAGUGGUUUGUUGGCGACUUGAUUGCUGGUGUCACUGUCGGUGCGGUGGUCAUUCCCCAAGGCAUGGCCUAUGCCAAUUUGGCUCAGCUGCCAGCUGAAUAUGGCUUGUAUUCGUCUUUCAUGGGAGUGUUGAUCUACUGGUUCUUUGCUACUUCCAAAGACAUCACCAUCGGACCCGUCGCUGUCAUGUCAACUCUAGUUGGAACGAUCAUCAUCGAAACACAAGCCAAACACCCUGAACUCGAUGCUCCCACGAUUGCCUCGGCGCUCGCCAUCAUCUGCGGGGCCAUCACUUUCUUCCUCGGUCUGAUUCGGUUUGGCUUCAUCGUCGACUUUAUACCUCUGCCUGCCAUCACGGCCUUUAUGACUGGCUCUGCCAUUAAUGUCUGUGCGGGUCAGGUCAAGAGUAUGCUGGGAGAGACUGCUGGUUUCUCUACUCGGGGUGCGACAUACAAGGUUAUCAUCAACACGUUGAAGUAUCUUCCCACCUCGCAGAUGGACGCUGCGAUGGGAUUGACAGCACUGGCCAUGCUGUAUUCCAUUCGAUCUGCAUGCACCUUUGGAUCGAAGAGAAUGUCUCACAAAGCCAAAACAUUCUUCUUCAUUUCCACUCUCCGCACCGUAUUUGUCAUUCUGUUCUACACCAUGAUCAGCGCUGCUGUCAACCUCCAUCGCCGUGAUGAUCCUGCCUUUAAACUCCUUGGAAAUGUUCCUCGAGGCUUCAAACAUGCCCAUGUCCCAAAGGUCAACACGGAAAUCAUCAGCUCAUUUGCCAGUGAACUCCCUGCUGCUGUCAUCGUCCUGGUCAUCGAGCAUAUCGCUAUAUCCAAAUGUUUUGGCCGUGUGAAUAACUACACCAUCGAUCCAUCACAAGAGUUUGUGGCCAUCGGGGUGUCCAACCUGCUUGGACCAUUCCUCGGAGGAUAUCCAUGCACUGGCUCGUUCUCACGCACUGCCAUCAAGGCCAAGGCGGGUGUGCGUACGCCAUUGGCUGGUGUCAUCACAGCUGUUGUUGUUCUUCUGGCCAUCUACGCUCUUCCAGCUCUGUUCUUCUAUAUUCCAAAGUCAUCACUGUCGGCAGUGAUUAUCCAUGCUGUUGGCGAUCUCAUCACUCCUCCCAGUACGGCAUAUCACUUCUGGCGAGUGUCGCCUCUUGAUGCCAUCAUCUUCAUCGCGGGAGUCAUCAUUACUGUCUUUACAAGCAUCGAGAUUGGAAUCUACUGCACCAUCUGCGUGUCGAUUGCAAUUCUUCUCUUCCGCAUUGCCAAAGCACAGGGACAGUUCCUUGGUCAGGUGAAGAUCCAAACCAUCAUCGGUGACUAUAUGAAUGAUGAGCAGAAGUAUCGACUUCAGGAUAUCCAAUUCAAUCAGGAUGAGCAGUCUUACAGAAGUAUCUUCCUCCCAGUCAAACACACCGAUGGCUCCAAUCCGAAUAUCAAGAUGGACCAGCCAUCUCCUGGCAUCUUUGUCUAUCGCCUGUCUGACGGAUUCAACUAUCCCAAUGCCAAUCACUAUACAGACCAUCUGGUCGAAACUAUCUAUCAGUCCACACGUCGCACGAAUGCCUUCUCCUACGGCAGUCUUGGUGAUCGUCCAUGGAAUGACCCUGGUCCUCGCCAGAGAAAGGGUGAAGUCGAGGAUGUUUCGUCUAAAUUGCCAACUCUCCGCGCCAUCAUUCUGGACUUUUCGUCAGUCAACAAUGUCGACGUGACGUGCAUUCAGAAUCUGAUUGAUGUCCGCAACCAGCUCGAUCGUCAUGCCCAUCCUGAGCCUGUUGACUGGCAUUUCGCCCAUGUCAACAAUCGCUGGACUAAGCGCGCUUUAGUUGCCGCUGGCUUUGGCUUUCCUUCUCCUCGUCCUGAUGGACAGCAGUGGAAGUCGAUUUUCAGUGUAGCUGAGAUAGCUGGCUCAACCAUACCAGAUACCGCAGAUGAAGCCAGAUUCAACGAUGUGGAAGGUGGCUACAAAAAGUAUCCACAGACGUCAGAGCACGAGAGGAAUGAAAGCGAUGCCUCUAUCAAUCGAGACCGAAUGACGAUGGUGAAUGGCAUCAACCGGCCAUUGUUCCAUCCAGACCUGGCAAGCGCUCUUCACAUUGCCACGGCGAAUAGAAAGUAA